AUGAGGCGCGCAGCCCUCCGAGUCAGGCCCGCCCCGGCGCCCGCUCAAUAUUUUUGUCGUCCCUCGCUACCAUUGCAUCACCACACCGAGCAUGCAGCAUCUCCCCUGCUGCGUCGCAAUUUUGCCUCUUCGCAGCCUGUCCGAGAUGAGCAGCAGAGGCCGUCCUUCAAGGGCCAAUUGUACGAGAGCACGCAACAGCGCCUGAAAAGAGAGCGCGCCGAGCAAGAACGGUUCUCGCAAUAUCAGACACAGUCCCCCGGCGCUCGAUAUGCGGCGUUGACGUUUGUGUUGGUCUUUUUCACCACCGGCGGAUACUACUUUGGCUCCCUCACGCCUAAUGCUCCGGCAUCGUCGUCGACGACUCCUCUCGCCGACGCGAGACCUGUCAAACACAAUACCACGUCUUCGAAUCUGCAAGCUGCUUGGGCCGAUUUUGUAGGCAUAGUGGGCAAGGAGAAUGUAUCUACGGACGAAUUCGAUCUUCACUCCCAUUCCGGAUCGGAAUUCUCGACGUAUUCUGUCAAGGACAGCGAAAAGCCUUUCAUCGUUGUCUACCCGUCAACCACCGAGGAGGUGUCGCGUAUCAUGAAGAUCUGUCAUCAGAGGUUGAUACCCGUUACGCCGUUCUCAGGCGGAACCAGUCUGGAAGGUCAUUAUGCCCCAACCAGAGGUGGCGUGUGCAUUGACUUUCAACGGAUGAACCGUAUCCUGGCCUUUCACAAGGACGACCUAGACGUCGUUGUGCAGCCUGCUGUAGGCUGGGAAGAGUUGAACGAGGAAGUCGCCAAAGACGGUCUGUUCUUCCCCCCCGAUCCAGGCCCCGGCGCCAUGAUUGGCGGCAUGGUUGGCACAGGCUGCUCGGGCACCAAUGCGUACCGAUACGGGACGAUGAGGGAAUGGGUUCUUUCUCUGACCGUAGUCCUGGCCGACGGGACAGUCAUCAAAACGAGACAGCGACCCAAGAAAUCUAGUGCUGGAUACGACCUGACAAAACUCUUCAUUGGCAGCGAGGGUACCCUCGGUCUCGUCACAGAGGCAACCCUCAAGUUGGCCGUGAAGCCGAAGAGCGAAAGCGUGGCCGUAGCGAGCUUCCCGACCGUUCAGCAAGCCGCCGAUUGCGCUCGGAGGGUUGUCGAGGAAGGCAUUCACAUCGCCGGCCUGGAGAUCCUCGAUGACGUGCAGAUGAAAUGCAUCAAUGCAAGCAAGUCAACCCGGCGCGAGUGGGCAGAGGCUCCAACGCUGUUUUUCAAAUUCGCCGGCACCCCGCUUGGAGUAAAAGAGCAGAUAGGCAUAGUCCAGAAGCUCUCGAAAAGCACAGGAGGAAAGACCUUUGAGUUUGCCCGGGACGAUACAGAAAUGAAGGAGCUCUGGAGUGCGCGCAAGGCGGCUCUAUGGAGUGUCAUUUCCAUGAAGAGAAACCCCAGUGACCAUGUGUGGACCACCGAUGUCGCUGUACCGAUCAGCAAGAUGCCGGAUAUCAUAGAAAGGACGAAGCGAGACUUGACUCAGAGUAGGCUGCUGGCUGGUAUUUGUGGCCAUGUGGGAGACGGUAAUUUCCACGCCAUCAUUCUCUUCAAUGACAAGCAGAAAUCUCUCGCAGAAGAGGUUGUGCAUCGCAUGGUGAAAAAUGCCGUCGAACUGGAAGGAACAGUCACUGGAGAGCAUGGCGUUGGGCUGAUCAAGCGGGAUUAUUUGACUCAUGAGCUUGGAGAAACAGCCGUGGAUGUCAUGCGCCAGCUGAAAUUCGCUUUGGAUCCUUUGUGUCUGCUCAACUGCGACAAGACCGUGAGGGUGGAAGCGCCAUUGCCAGGGGAGAUCAAAGAAUGGUAG